UGUUUUCUUAUAAUUUUUACUUUUGUUUAUUAUUUUCUAUUUGAAUAAAGUUAUAAUAAACAAAUUUUGAUAAAAGCAUGCCCGAACCAAUCAGUGAACCACUCCUCGCCCGACGAUUCAUCAAAGAACGCCUCCAAAGAGAUCGAAUAACUUUUCACAGCCACGAAUCUGAAUGGAAAAAUGUCCACGAUUUACUCGAACGAACUGCCGAAGUUGGUGAAUCCAACUCAUUACUUUUAAUUGGUCCUCGUGGUUCUGGUAAAACAACUCUUGUUAAUUCAGUACUCUACUCGUUGCUUCCAAAAAAAGACUUCCAAAAGAACACUUUAAUCGUACAAUUAAAUGGUCUCGUUCACACUGACGACAGACUUGCUCUGAAAGCAGCCACUGUCCAAAUGAACUUGGAAAAUGCCACAGAUGGUAAAGUAUUUGGUUCAUUUGCCGAGAAUUUAGCUUUUCUUUUGGCCUGUCUCAAAUCAGGCAACAAAAAGUCCAAAAGUGUUAUUUUCAUACUCGAAGAAUUCGAUCUCUUUUGUUCACAUCAUAAUCAAACGCUUUUAUAUAAUCUUUUUGAUGUAUCGCAAUCGGCUCAAGCACCGUUGUGUGUUUUAGGAAUCACUUGUCGCUUGGAUGUGAUUGAACUUUUAGAGAAACGAGUCAAAUCUAGAUUCUCUCAUCGUCAAGUGUUCCUAUUUCCUAGUAGCGAUGAUUUUGAAUCGAGAAUUGAAUUAUUUAAACAAUUCCUAAGAUUGCCGAGUGAAAAAGAAUUGAAGGCACUUUGUGAAACGAUGCCGAAUCCCAAAGAGAUGAAAGUCUCUGGAGAAUUCUGUUUCCUUCGGAAUCAUUUUAAUCCGUCAAAAUAUAGUUUCUCCAAGAAAUUCGUUGAUUCUUGGAAUAAACAUAUUAACGAGUUGGCUUUGAAUACAACAGUUCGAACUUGUCUUCAGAAUGUCUAUGAUUUUGAUGUGAGUGAGGCAUUCUUUAAGAUAUUUUUAUUCAAAAUUGUCGCUCAAAUUAAUGAUUCCCACCCUACAAUCAAAUCUGAAGACAUAUCUCAGAUAUGUACAGUUUACGAAUCCGAUGACAAAGUCCAAUUAAUGUGUGGCCUAUCGGUAUUGGAACUAUGUUUAAUUAUCACAAUGAAACAUCAUUCUGAAAUCUAUGAUCGAGAUCCAUUUAAUUUUGAAAUCAUAUUCAGUCGUUUUAUGAAGUUUGCUAAAAUUAGUAGUACAAUGCAAGGAGUAGAGCGUUCUGUUGUGCUGAAGGCUUUUGAACAUUUGAGGAAUUUGGAAUUCAUAAUGCCAUUAAGUUCGAUUGCAUGUAAAGUGCAGAAAGAAUUCGAAAUGCACAAGAUGGCUUUGACUUAUGGACAGAUUGGACAGGCGGUUAAUAAAUAUCAGGCAUUGCCGACAGAAGUAGCUCAAUGGGCACAGAGUUCAUUAAUUUAAGUAUUUUUGAUUGGUUUUUUUGUUUAAUUUAUUGUUUAGUAAAAAUAAAAUUGUUUUUUGAUAGAAAA